AGCGCCCGGAGCGGAGCGGGGCGGGGCGGGGCGGCGGCCAUGGCGGCGGCGGCCGAGCUGGCCGGGCUGUUCGCCGUGUACAAGCCGGCGGGGGUGGCGUGGGGCCGCGUCCGGGAGGCGCUGGAGACGCGGCUGCUGCGCGAGCUGAACGCGGCUCCGGAGCGCGCCCCGCGGCACCGAGUCCGCUUCCUGCCGAGCCCGGCCGCGGGCGGCGGCGGGGCCGUGGAGCUGGUGGCUGCCAGCGUGCCGGUGCUGGCCGACCACCCCCUCGUCCGAGGCCCGCGGUUCAGGAAGCUGAAGAUCGGAGCAGGUCACCGGCUGGAUGUGAAGGCCUCGGGAGUCUUUGUGCUUGGCAUCGGCCAUGGGAACAAGCUGCUCACUGACCUGUACAACUGCCACCUGACCAAGGUUUAUACUGUUGGUGGGCUUUUUGGUAAAGCCACUGAUGACUUCUCGGACACAGGAAAUUUAGUAGAGAAGACAACAUUUGAUCACAUCACUAGGGAGAAGCUGGAGCGGAUUCUCGCUGUCAUUCAAGGGACAAAUCAAAAGGCCCUGCUGAUGUAUUCCAACAUUGAUAUGAAAACACAAGAGGCAUACGAGCUGGCUGUCAAAGGGUUGAUUCGCCCCAUGGGAAAAAGCCCCCCAAUAAUCACAGCAAUCCGAUGCCUCCAGUUUGCACUUCCAGAAUUCCAGCUAGAAAUCCACUGCUUGCAUGAGACUCAGCAGUACCUCCGCAAGGUGGUUCACGAGAUUGGUCUGGAGCUGAAAUCCUCCGCUGUGUGCACACAAGUGCGGAGAACGCGCGACGGGGUCUUCACGGUGGACGACGCUCUCCCGAGAACUCAGUGGAACCUGCGGAGCAUCCAGGAGGCAAUUCGGAACUGUCAGCUCAAAGUGGAAACAGAGCUGGAGAAAACCCUGGCGCAUGGGGAGAACAGUCCUCUUCUUCAGCUGCACGGGGACACAGCUGAGCAUGCUCUGCAGGAGCGUCCGUGAGCAGUGCUGCAGCACAGCACGGCAGCGGCGUGCCAGCAGUGCGAUGGACAGCAGAAGGAAGGAGGUUAAUUGCAGUUCACUUCCACCCUUUCCUUGAGAUGACUUUUAUCAGAGGCUUUUUUUCCUUCAGUGACAGGCUGUAUCAUUUUUUUCUUAAAGUAUCACAAACAGUUCAUUAACAGGAGGUAGCUGUGCCAAAAUUCCUGUUGAUUUUGAGAACAUUAGGUUGCUAAGGGAUAUAAAAACCCAUUCCCGUAUUGUUUAGCAGCAGGAAGUAGUGUCUUAGAAAGCUGGAUUCCCUUGACUGCACAGAUUUGUUCCUUGCAACUGGCAGCAUAAUUUAUCUGCUGUGUGGAUUUUAUUUUCCCUGUGUUCUCCUGGAGUAUUUUCUUUCCAUUAGCCCUGCUCUCAGACACACGAGAGCUUCAGGCUAAAUGAGGGAUGUACAGGAGAAAACACAGCUUAUCCAAAGCAGUGCAAGGAAAUGGUUUCAUCCACAGUAGGCAUGUGAUGAAAAGUGGCUUAUUCUGAGGACUAAUGCACAGGAUACACAAAAAAUAAAAUGGGAAAUGACCUAAUGGGGAAGAGGUUGGUUCUUGGCUCAGUACUCAUCCAUGAACAUUGAUCCAUAAAAACCCAGCAAAUGCCUCUUUAUUUUACCCUUUUUUCCUGAGGAGCCAAGGGUAUUCAGUGGUCUCUGGUAGCCUCCUCUGCAGCAGCUCCUUGCAGACAGCAGGUCCUGCCCUUCAGUGAAACUGUAAACACUGUGAUACCAUUUGGUCUCUGUUAGCUCAUUAUAGCUGGGUCUGACUUUGCAGAAACACACUUUCUAAAUUGAAGUUGAAAGUCUGGAAUUACACUUACCAUUAUCGCA